GUAUAAAUAUAGAGGCAUGGCUGCGCAGCGUCCAUGCAGAUCAAUGUCGCUCCGGCGCUGAAAUCAGUGCGCCUGUCGGUCUGGGAAUGAGUGCAACUUCCACCCGCCGCCGCUUCCUAUUCUCGCUUCAGUGGAAAGGCAAACGCCGGGAGGCUGCUUUCAGAGCCACUCCCGGGAUGGGCUCUCUGGCGGCCCUGCAGACGGUGCUGGUGCUGGGCCUGGUGACCGGGCUGGCAGGCUGCGUCCCAGGGCUGAACGGCACGGCUGACCGCUGGGAGGCUCUGUACUCCCGCUCCCUGGCGCGGAUCCCGGGCGAGAAGCGGGAGGAUGUCAGUCGGAACGGAGACUAUCUGCUGGGCAUUAAAAGGCUGCGGAGACUCUAUUGCAACGUUGGGAUCGGCUUUCAUAUCCAGGUGUUACCGGACGGUAGAAUAACGGGUGUACACAGCGAAAACCGCCACAGUGUCCUGCAGAUCUCCCCGGUGGAGCGGGGGGUGGUGACCCUGCUGGGGGUCCGCAGCAGAUUCUUUGUGGCCAUGAACCGGCGGGGGAAGCUGUACGGAUCUUUACACUACAAUAACGAGUGUAAGUUCAGAGAGAAGCUCCUCGCCAACAACUACAACGCCUACGAGUCCAUUGCCUACCCGAGGAUGUUCCUCGGACUGAGUAAGAACGGCAAAACAAAAAGAGGAAACCGAGUGUCACCCGCCAUGACCGUGACACAUUUCUUGCCAAGAAUCUAG